AUGAGUCGAGAGAAAGCCGACGCCUUGGGACUCAGCUCCAAGAUCCAGGCGAUCGUGCGAGGCUUCGGUGACGCCGAACAGGAACCGCGGUCGUUCACCACAUCGCCAGCGUUGGCUAUCCCGAAAGCUCUCGCGAACGCUGGGGUGAAGCACGAUGCUGUCGACUUUUUCGAGAUAAACGAAGCCUUUUCAGUUGUUGCAUGUGCCAACACGAAGCUACUGAAGCUGGACGGAGCCAAGGUCAACGUGUAUGGAGGUGCUGUGGCUAUUGGACAUCCGCUGGGCUGCUCGGGGGCGCGCAUCAUCGUGACGCUGUGCUCGGUGUUGCAUCAGGAAGGCGGCCGAAUUGGUUGUGCUGCUGUGUGCAAUGGAGGCGGUGGAGCCUCAGCGUUAGUCAUCGAGAAGGCUUGA